UAAUAACACAAGGGACGUACGGUUCUUAGAGACACGUGUAACCAAAUUAGAGGAGAGAGGAGAAGUGUCUUCGUUCGUUGUUUGCUUCUGUUCUUUCUCAUUCCCUCUCGAUUCAAGUCUGAAUCGCCAACUUUGCUUCGAAUUCAACCAUCUCUCACCUUUCCUUGCAAUCAAGUCUCCAACGAAAUCAAUCUCUCUGCGCAAUUCUCACUCUUUUGGAUUGGUGGAGGUCAGCUUUGCGUGUGGCCUGGUGGUUUGAGACAUUUUUGCCUCAGGAAACGAUAGAGGUGAAGCAUGACCAGAUGGGAACUUGCCGUACGGGAGAGAGGACGAUGGUGAAAGCGAAGUGUUUGUUAAGUAUAAUUGAAUGCUGCAUGGGAAGAAGAAGAAAAGAGGCCAAACAAAUGAGAAAACUCUGACGAUUAAGUUCCUAAAGAAGUACAUUUACUAUGCCAAGCAUCGAAUUCAGCCAGCUCACUGAUGAAGUUAGACACUGAACUUAAACAUGCAGCUUUACAUAUUUUAUAUCUAUUAAAUCCGACACAGAGGCUGCAUCUUUUAUUGAUUCAUUGAGCAAGAAAAAUUGGAAUUUGACUUACAUAUUGAAUACUCAUCAUCACUGAUAUAACAAGACUAGCAAAAGAUCAAAUGGUCGCCACCAUGAUCACAACUAUAUUCCAAGGCUCCGUCUCCGUCCUCAUCUUCACCAACACGGCCAACUUCCUAAGGAGCCUCAAGUCGUAUGUGAGGGAGGAAGAUACGGCUGUGAUCUUGAAGCUUGGUGGUGGGCUCUGUGUUGUGAUCUUUUGUUUUGAUUGGGUUGUGCUUGUGUUGGCUUUCUUCUUGAAGUAUUACGCUUAUGUUGAGCGUGGUGGAGAUAGAAGCGUUGCGGUGAAGAGGAGUGGUAAGGUGCAGAGUGAUGAGAAUCCUAAGGAUUGGCUAUGGCUUUUCCAAGUUUGAAGUUUAGUGUCUUCUUGUGUUGUUGAGAGCUAUAUCAGUAUCAAAUGUUGUCUUUUGAUCUGUUUCUUUUGAUUUGUUCAUUUGUUGUUUGUUGUAUCUGUCAUUGUUGGCAAUGAUUGGCUACAUAUAUAUUAUAUGUGUUUCCUAUGGAUUGUUCUUUACUCAUUGUUAUAUAUUAUAUGUGUUUCCUA